UCUUUUGCAGUUGGAAGGGAUUGGCAGUAAGAGCAACAGCAAUAUUGCAUUUAAAGGUUUUAUUGAAGCAUCAACAGCCGUGUUGCAAAAGCCAUGGCAACAGUAAUACCACCGACCUCAAAUGUUGAGGCCGCCUAUGAAGAUAUGUUCAAAGAAAUCACAAGAAAAUUAUAUGGUGAAGAGACCGGAAAUGGUUUGCAUACACUAGGAACCCCCGUAGCACAGGUGGCAACAACAGGACCCACAGCAGCACCAGAAGGUGAACAAAGAUCAUUUACAAAUUUGCAAAUUGAUCGUUCUACACAGCCUACAAUUGAAUACGAACACAAUAAUCCCAAUAAUGCAACAGCCACAUCGGUGGCUGCUGCAUCGGCAGCGGCUGCCACAGCAGCUGUUAUUGCUGCCGCCACCACACAAAAUGCCACAAAUGUUGUUAUACAGCAACAACCUGAGGGCUCUGUGGUUGUAACAACCACCACAAAUACAGGUGGAAAUUUCAAAUCGGAAGAUCAUUUGAGUACAGCAUUUGGCUUGGCGGCAUUAAUGCAACAAAAUGGUUUUGCCACCACAACCGGUACUAUUUUGAGUACACAGGCUAUAAAUAAAGUUAUAACAACGGCUGCUGGUAGUCAGCAGCAGCAACAACAACAAAAUGUGACAGGUGAUCAACAACAGCAGCAGCAGCAACAACAGCAACAAACUUGGUCUAAUGAGGGCACACAACAGCAAGAUCAACAGCAGCAGCAACAACAACAGCAACCCGCACCUACCACACAAAUUGUACAAUGGACAACAACACCAAGUGGUAAAUUACAAAGUUACUCCACUACUACGGCCCAACCACAACAACAGCAGCAGCAGCAACAACAGCAGCAGCAACAACAACAAUUAACAACUCCUAAGUCAAAAAACAAUAAAAUUCGUAAUGAUCAUACCUCUCCACCCAUUAACAACACCGCUGAAGUCAUCUAUACUAGUCCCUCGACCUCGGGGAAUAUGGCGCAACAACAACAGCAGCAGCAACAACAAACACCUCCCAAUGCAAACACUUCAACAUCCUCGAAUACAUCAUCUUCUGGAGGUAGCUCGAGCAGUAAUAGUCGCAAAAAAUCUCAAAAUAAUCAAAAUAACAACAAUAAUAACGGACAACCUUUGGUACAAAAACGUUAUGCCUGCACGCAUUGUCCCUAUUCAACAGAUCGUCGUGAUCUCUAUACACGUCACGAAAACAUCCACAAAGAUGAGAAACCAUUCCAAUGCUAUGCCUGUUUGAAACAAUUUAAUCGGGCCGAUCAUGUUAAGAAACAUUUCCUGCGCAUGCAUCGUGAAAUGCAAUAUGAUAUAAACAAGACGAGAAGACAUGUACCAUCCAGUUCGAGUGGUGGCGGUGGUGGUCAUCAUCAUCAUGGCGGCGGCAGAAGUAAUAUUACUAUAACAACGGUAAAUACUCCUUCCACUACUACUACCAUUAAUAGUAAUUUACUUAAUGAUGGCAAUACAAUUGAACAAAAACCUAUAAUCUUCCAGACUCAGGCGAAUGUCAAUUUGGAACAAGCGUUUUUGGAACAGCAGCGCCAACCUACAUCUUCUAGUCUCAGCAUAGCCGAAACCAUUGAGGCUGUGGCCACAGCAACAGAUGCCCCCUUGCCGCAAAUGAAACAGGAGAAGAACGAUGACGGUUCUUUGGUGAGUGGCCAGAUGGCCAAUGUAAAACCCAAACGAGAGAAACGUUUUACCUGCUGCUAUUGCCCCUGGUCGGGUGCCGAUAAAUGGGGCCUAAAGAGACAUUUAAAUACCCAUACAAAACCAUUUGUAUGUCUAUUGUGUGAUUAUAAAGCAGCCAGAUCGGAGAGACUGGCCACUCAUGUCUUAAAAGUACACAACAAAAGAGCUUGCAACAAAUGCUCUUAUCUGGGAGAUACUUUGGAAGAAUAUCAACAACAUUUGAAUGAAGUGCAUCCUACGACUCCCUCUAAUCGUAGUAAUAGUAAUAAUAACAAUAACUCUACAAAUAAUACUACAACAACUACUACUAACAACAAUUCUUCAAACAAUUUAAAUGUUUUACGUACAAUUGGCAAUACUUUAGGAAAUAAUAAUAAUCAACUAAAUCAAUUUCAAAAUAAUAACAAUUUUAGUGUUAAUAAUGUUUCAACAACUACGACAAAUGGCAAUUCUGUUACUAUAUAUACCACUACGACUACAGACAAUCAAGGUGGUAAUAUUACAACAGGUGGUCCUUUACAAGAAAUUAUAGUUAAUCCCUCUUCAAUGGUGGGUUGGCGUUUAAGUGCCAAUGGCUCUUUAAUACCACCACACGACUUGUUGACGGGAGGCCUGCCAAACGCAGCAGCCCAAAAACGUGGCUCCGAGCGUUUAUUUCAAUAUCUUGAGGCAGACGGAAGCGAUCCAGAAGAUUAUGCGCGUCUUUUAAAAAUGGACGCAAUUAGUCGCAAUACAGCUUCAGUCGCUCAGGAUUUUCAUAAGGCGGGAGGCGUGCACGAGUUGAAACUACCAGCUAAUCAUCAACUCCUGUUCAAUAAUAAACUGCCUUCACAAUGGACGACUAAAGAAGCAGCUGCUUUACUGCAAAGUCUAAGCAAUGCCAACAAUUUGAGCUUUGUGUAUCAACAGCAACAACAAGAAUUGCAACAACAGCGUUCCAAAUAUGCACCCACAAAUGGUUUCCUCAAUCAAAAUGGCAACGCCGGCGGUCAACGUCAGCGUCAACAUUCGUUGGGAGAUGAUGAAAAUACACCCUCAUCGGGCUCAUCAUCAUCGACAACCUCAUCCAGUGAUGACAUGUCACCGAUUAAAAUGGUGGAACGAUCUAAGGCUUAUAAUUUGGUAUUGAAUAAUAACGAGCAGAGAAAGGCGAUGUCCAAGACAUAUUUACAUAAAAAUUAUGAUUUGCAAGAAGCAUCUUCCAAUUCAUCAUCAACGAAUGCAAAUGAUAUUUUUAUAAAUGCAGCUAACAAUAACAUCAAUAACUUCAACAAUGGCAAUGGUAACAACAGCUGCCAUACUACAGACAUUAUGAAAAAUCAAGAGAUCUUCAAUGAAGAUCAAGAAAAUCAAGAGCAGCUUAUUAGAUCGUCUCCCGCAUAUAAAUAUAAUAGUCAAUAUUAUAAUAAUAACAACAAUAACAACAACAACAACAAUACAAAUUUAAAUAAAAAUAACAACAAGUCGUCAACAAGAACAAACAAUAACAACAACAAUAUUAUUAAUAACAAUAAUAAUAAUAAUUAUCAGCAACAUCGCCUUGAUCUGCAACACAAUAAAGAAAACAACAAUAAUGCUACAUUCCUCACACAAAUGGAAUUUCAAAAUCUUAACAAAAUCGGUACACAAUUUCAAAAUUAUGUUAAGGAUAUCAUCAGCAAAUAUUAUGCCGCCGAGACUCCCGUAAUGUUUCCAAAUAUGCCCACGGCCACAACUACACCUCAGCAAAGUCAGCAGAGAUCAACAUUGCAAACUUCACCAAAACGCAAGAGAAUGUUAAGUGAAACUGAAGAGUAUAUAGAGUAUUUGAAGAACAAAGAAGACAUUACGCUAACCAUAACACCAAAAAACAAUCAAAAUAAUGCUAAUAUUAAUAAUGCAGCACAAAAGUCUCCUUUACCUCUGAAAAGAAAGCGUGAUUUAGCUUCAGAUUCUUAUAAGAGAAUAUCACCAAAGAAACAAAUGCUGGCAGCAGCUAAUGCAGCAGCAGGAGUUUUAAACACUCCCACACAGCCACCAGCCCCAGCAGCAGUAGCCGCUUUAACGCAGUCAAGAUCUAACAAGAAAUCUAUUUCACAAUUGGCCACUUUAUUGCCUUUAUUGGCAGAUGCAGCCUGUCAACAACAGUAUUUAACAGCCCCCUUAGAUUUCAGUAAAAAGCCCUCAACAGACCAAACUGACAUUGCCAGCGACAUUAAACAAGAAGUCACUGAAGAAAUGGAUGAUGCUAAGGUCUCUAUUAAACAAGAACCCGAAGAUUUUACUCUUAAACAACAAGAAGAGCCCCAAGAUCCCAUAGAAACCCAAACAGCCCACAAAGCCUAUGCAAAUUUCUCCGUAAAUGCUUUGCUCAACAACAUUGGCUUAAGCGCCGACAAACGUUCAUCACGCAAACAGGCUCAACCCAAAAAGAUACGCAUUCCUCCAGAGAUGGCCAUAGCCAUGUUAAGAGAUAAAUACCUAAAUCGUAUGGUGGAUCAUAAGCUAAGCUGUAAGGAUUGCAUCAACUCGAAACGUUCAUCAAUGCUGGUGUUUAAUUAUCACACCAAGGCUUCGCUGUGUCUGCAUCGCUUGUGGAAGCAUUCGGAAAAGCCACAAAAAUGCAAAAAAUGUGGUGAAAAAUUCAAGCAAAAGUAUAAUUUAAAGAUGCAUCAAUUGAAAGUGCACAGCAGGAAGGUGGCAAAGGCUUAGAGAAAAAGAAAAAGAAGGUGCUAAAGGUAAA